GGCGGCUGGAGCACCCGGACCCCUGCCCACACCCCGGCGCCCGACGCGCACAGCUUCCUCGCGCGCACCCUGGACCUUCGCGUGUCGCUGGCUUGAGGAGGGUGCAAAAAAUUACAAAGCUUCAUAAUCACCCCAAGACCACAUAGAGCAAACAUGAAUGAUAUUUCCCAAAAGGCUGAGAUUCUGCUUUCUUCAUCUAAACCUAUACCAAAAACCUAUGUGCCAAAACUUGGCAAGGGUGAUGUAAAGGAUAAGUUUGAAGCCAUGCAGAGAGCAAGGGAAGAAAGAAAUCAAAGGAGAUCUAGAGAAGAAAAGCAAAGAAGAAAAGAACAAUAUAUUAGAGAGAGAGAAUGGAACAGGAGAAAGCAGGAGAUUAAAGAAAUGCUUGCUUCUGAUGAUGAAGAAGAGGUAUCUUCUAAAGUAGAAAAGGCUUAUGUCCCAAAGCUAACAGGAACUGUUAAAGGUAAAUUUGCUGAAAUGGAGAAACAAAGACAAGAGGAACAAAGGAAGAGGACGGAGGAGGAACGAAAACGCCGAAUUGAGCAGGAUCUUUUAGAGAAGAGGAAGAUACAACGUGAAUUAGCAAGAAGGGCCGAGCAGGAAGGAGAUGAGUCACUGCUUGUAACAGUGGUACCUGUCAAAUCACACAAAACAUCUGGAAAAAUAAAAAAGAAUUUUGAAGAUAUAGAAAAAGAACGAGAAGAGAAGGAAAGGGUCAAGUAUGAAGAAGAUAAAAGAAUAAGAUGUGAAGAGCAACGCCGAUCUCUCAAGGAAGCAAAGUGUCUUUCAUUGGUCAUGGAUGAUGAACCAGAAAGUGAGGCAAAAAAAGAAUCACUUUCUUCUGGAAAACUGAAACUGACUUUUGAAGAAUUGGAAAGACAAAGACAAGAAAACCGAAGGAAGCAAGCUGAGGAGGAAGCAAGAAAACGUUUAGAAGAAGAGAGGCGUGCUUUUGAAGAAGCAAGGCGGCAAAUGGUAAAUGAAGAGGAGGAAAACCAAGACACAGAAAACAUUUUUAAAGGGUACCGCCCUGGUAAACUCAAGCUCAGUUUUGAAGAAAUAGAAAGACAAAGGAGAGAAGAUGAAAAAAGGAAAGCAGAAGAAGAUGCCAGAAGAAGAAUAGAGGAAGAAAAGAAGGCAUUUGCUGAGGCAAGGAGAAGCAUGGUAGUAGAUGAUGACACCCCAGAGAUAUAUAAAACAAUCUCUCAAGAAUCUCUUAUACCGGGAAAACUGGAAAUUAAUUUUGAAGAAUUAUUAAAACAAAAAAUGGAAGAAGAAAGACGACGAACAGAGGAGGAGCGGAAACAUAAACUAGAGAUGGAAAAACAGGAAUUUGAACAACUGAGACAAGAAAUGGGAGAGGAAGAGGAAGAAAAUGAAACCUUUGAACUGAGCAGGGAAUAUGAAGAAUUAAUCAAAUUGAAAAGGAGUGGUUCUAUUCAAGCUAAAAAUUUAAAAAGCAAGUUUGAAAAAAUUGGACAAUUGUCUGAAAAAGAAAUUCAGAAAAAGAUAGAAGAAGAACGAGCAAGAAGAAGAGCGAUUGACCUUGAAAUUAAAGAGAGAGAAGCAGAAAACUUUCAUGAGGAGGAAGAUGUUGAUGUUAAGCCUGCAAAAAAAAGUGAGGCUCCAUUUACUCAUAAAGUGAAUAUGAAAGCUAGAUUUGAACGUAUGGCUAAAGCAAGAGAAGAAGAAGAACAAAGAAGAAUUGAAGAGCAAAAGUUCCUACGCAUGCAGUUUGAACAAAAGGAAAUUGAUGCAGCACUACAAAAGAAACGAGAAGAGGAGGAGGAAGAAGAGGGUAGCACCGUGAAUGGGUCUACCAUUGAAGAUGAAGAGCAAACCAGAUCAGGAGCUCCAUGGUUUAAGAAGCCUCUAAGAAACACAUCGGUUGUAGACAGUGAGCCAGUUAGAUUUACUGUUAAAGUAACAGGAGAACCCAAACCAGAAAUUACAUGGUGGUUUGAAGGAGAAAUAUUGCAGGAUGGAGAAGACUAUCAAUAUAUUGAAAGAGGAGAAACUUAUUGCCUUUAUUUACCAGAAACUUUCCCAGAAGAUGAAGGAGAGUAUAUGUGUAAAGCAGUGAACAGCAAAGGAUCUGCAGCUAGUACCUGUAUUCUUACCAUUGAAACUGACGACUACUAGGUCCCCUUCCCUCUCCCUGGAACACACCCUCUCUCUCCGACUUUCUUACUACAUCCAUCUUUUCUGUGGCGGGGCCAAAAAA